GGGACAAGAACGUUCCCCCGCCCCCAGACGCAUCCCACGACGCCCUCCAGCGCGCAAUACAGGGCCACAAUGCAGACCAGGAUUGGUUUGUGCCCGUAGUCGUAUCAGAUCCCCACGAGGACAAGGACAAAGCUGGACAGCCCUCGCUCGUCUUUGACGCCGUCUUCAACUCUUCCCUAAAGUCCCGCUCCCUCAAGGACCCUCAAUUCAAGACCUUCCUCAUCGAGCUUGCAUUCCAGCGCAUCGAAGCACAGACUGGGCUCCAGCUAUCUCGCCAAAUUAGCACUCCCAAUAUCGCCUCCAAGGGGAAACCCCUCGCCCGUCAGAUCCAAGUCCCUGCUGCCCUCUUCCCGCCCGGGCACCCCAACCACCGCAAAGAGAACGAUCUAAUCCAGGAAGUCACCGUCCCACCCGUCGUCAGGUCCACCGCCAGCCAAUCGCUCAAGAGUGCGCUAAAGAAACCCGCUAGCACACCGGCCUCGGACGCUAGCUCUAAUGUGAACGCUACGGGUAGCGCCUCGCUCCAGACACCAUCCUUCACUUGGUCCCCCUCGGGCAACCAAAUACGCAUCGCCAUAUCUGUGCCUCGUUUGACGCGCGCCCUUGUGGCUAGCGCGACCCUCGAUCUCGAGCCGCGCCGCAUCCUGCUCCACAUCCCCGAAACGUAUGCGCUCGAUCUCAACCUCGACGCGCCCGACGCGACACUGGGCAAUCAGCCAUCCUCCGCCGAGAGCGCGCUGAGCCUCAAACGUGCGCGCGACUUCGCCGUGGACACUGCCAAGGCCGAAUGGCGUAUUGCUGAUAAGGCUCUCGUCAUUUACGCCUAGCCUUAGCCUUAGGCUCUUUGAAAAUUAGCAUCCCCCCUGUCUAGCUCGUUCUUGUCCUAGCGUUAAGAUAAUACAGAGAAAGUUUGGC